AUGUGUACUCAUCAUGAUGAUGAAUCACAACACAAACUCCCUUGUCUCCAUUGCAACCCACAUUCAUACAUACGCAUGGUUCAACACAUGAUAGAGAGAUGCAUUCUACUCCGAAUGAGUCGUGACGAUUGCGUCAAGGCGUUAGACCACCACGCAAGCAUUCUACCACUUGUUACCCUCACCGUUUGGAGAGGACUUCAAAGAGAAAAUAAGGAUUUCUUUGAGACUUAUGGACAUUUCGUCUCCUCUAGACCAUUCUUAAGCGGAUAUGUUCGGAGAUCGCCGAGGUUUGCGAGAAGGAAACAAUGA